AUGGAUAUCCGCCCAAAUCACACUCUUUACGUGAACAACCUGAACGAUAAGAUGAAGAAAGCGGACUUGAAGAGGGCUCUUUACUACCUCUUCUCGCCUUACGGACGCGUUCUGGAGAUAAUUGCAAUGAAGACGCCUAAAAUGCGAGGACAGGCUUUCAUCAUCUUCCAGGCUAUCACCUCGGCUACUACGGCGUUAAGGGUGCUACAAGGAUUCCAACUCUUUGACAAGCCCAUGCGGAUCCAGUACGCGCGGAAGAACUCGACGCAAAUCGAGGUGUUGCAGGGUGUGAAUGCGGAGACCCAGAAGAAGAAGGAGGAGGAGCGGGAGAAACGGCGCAGAAGGAAGUUGGCUCAACGACAGGCCGCUGCUGCUGCCGCCGCUGCAGCUGGUGCUGCUGGUGCCGUCGUCAACGGGCAAGUUGGGGCUGAUGGUGAAAUCGACACCGAGCCACCGAAUCGUGUGCUCUUUGUCAGCAACCUACCCGAGGAGACUACUGACGCAAUGCUGACGAUGCUCUUCAACCAAUUCAGCGGUUUCAAGGAGGCUCGUCGAGCCGUGGGUGGAAUCGGUUUUGUAGAGUACGAGACGGAGGCCCAGGCGACGGCCGCGAAGGUGACCUACCACGGCUUCAAACUGACGCGUACCCAUGCCAUCAGCGUCACCUAUGCCAAGCACUGA